AUGGAAAUAACAACCAAAGGAAGAAAAAUGACUUGGAAUGAUACACACGAAGUUUUGGCGCUUGCCUCAAUUAUUGUAUUGACAUGGCCUUGUCCGUACAAUAUGUUUACCUCUUCAGAAUGGAUGCAGAUAAUUGACACAAAUCCAUAUAAAAUGAAAGAAUCAAUAUUGGCACCGAUUUCAACAUUGUUAUACUAUGCUUGUAGUCAAAUUGCAAUUGGAUUAGAUUAUACUCUCGAAUCAAAUGGUGAUAGUGAAAAGGAUGAGCUUCCAUUGGUACCAAAGCCAAAAAUGACAGAAGAUGAACAUUGUUGUUUUUACCUUCAUCCACUAUUAAAACCUUUUUUCUGUCGCAGCUUCAAAAACUAUGAAGUAAGAUUAAACAAAUCUGUCGAUAACUCUCUCAAGAGACCAGAUUUUAGUUGCAGAAUUGACAAUAUCACCAUAUUAAACUCUGAAAUAAAACCAAGUGGCUAUACUCCAUUCCAGAAAAACAAAGACUUUGUUAAAAUUAAUACAUGA